AUGUUUAAAACAUUCUUUGUGUGUAUACACUAUAAUAUUUGUAAUCAUGAGCAGUGUUGCUCAAUAGAUUCUGUAUGUAUUAUAGAUAUUGGGGGGAAAUGUGGACGCCCACCUCUUGUGGAGAAUGGAGACAUCACGGACUCACCUAAGGCAAACUAUUUCCAGUCUGAAAGUGUAACUUAUCAGUGCCAAAAUCUCUAUACAAUGGAAGGUUCUCCCAGAGUGACUUGUCAAAAUGGUCAUUGGUCACAAACACCAACAUGUAGAGGUGCUUGUACAGCAAGUGAAGAAGAUAUGAGAGAACACAAUAUAAAGCUGAAGUGGGCCAAUGGGAAUAAAAUAUAUUCUGCAGAUGGAAAUAUCGUUGAAUUUCAAUGUAUAAGACGCCAUAAACUACAUCCAAAUUCCAGAUCAUUAAGAGUUAAUUGUGUGAAUGGGAAAUUUGACUAUCCGUAUUGCAUUCCUAUCUAAGUAAAUGAACAAC